CCGCCGCGGCCUCUCCGCCCGCUCAGCCCGCUGGUUCCGCGGCCGCUCCGUGUCCGGCCUCGCCUCCUCCUCCUCCUCCUCCGGUUCCCUCCGCGGCCUUCGUGGCGCAGCAGCCGGGACGGGGGUGGCCUUUUCCCCCGGCGGAGGUUUUCUUUUUUUUUGGGGGGUGAUUUCGGGGCGUUUUUCCGCCUUUCCCCGCCGCAGCCGCCGGUGCCCGGGAUGAGCCGCCCGCGGCGGCCGCAGGGCCGCGCUCGCCGAGCGGAGCCGCGCGGGAUGGGGUCGCUGCUGCAGCUCUGAGCCGCGCCGCCCCUCUUCCAGCAUGGGCGACUCUCCGGUUGGGAAGAGCCCCCCGGAGCCGGGGAAUUCCCAAGGGAGCGGCGGGAGCGGCUCUUCCCUGAGCGUCAUCUCGGAGGGCGUGGGCGAGCUGGCCCUCAUCGACGCCGAGGUGGCCAAGAAGGCCUGUGAGGAGGUCCUGGAGAAGGUCAAGCAGCUCCACGGCGUUCCCGACGCCGUUCCCAACGGGGAGAGCUGCCCCAUCCGCUGCCUGGACGACCCGCCCGGCUCGCGGAUCCAGGAGGAAGAGGAGGAGAGCUCCGGCGCGGCGAGGACGGCGCGGAAGCGGCAGAACCAGGCCAAGCAGUCGUGGCUGCUGCGCCUCUUCGAGUCCAAGCUCUUCGACAUCUCCAUGGCCAUCUCCUACCUGUACAACUCCAAGGAGCCCGGCGUGCAGGCCUACAUCGGGAACCGCCUCUUCUGCUUCCGCGACGACGAGGUGGAUUUCUACCUGCCGCAGCUGCUCAACAUGUACAUCCACAUGGACGAGGACGUGGGCGAUGCCAUCAAGCCCUACAUCGUGCACCGCUGCCGCCAGAGCAUCGACUUCUCGCUGCGCUGCGCGCUGCUGCUGGGCGCCUACUCCUCGGACAUGCACAUCUCCACGCAGCGGCACUCCCGCGGCACCAAGCUGCGCCGCCUGAUCCUCUCGGACGAGCUGAAGCCGGCGGGCAGGAGGAGGGAGCUGGCGGGCGCCGACACGGGGCUCUCGCCCUCCAAGCGGACUCACCAGAGGUCCAAGUCGGACGCCACAGUGUCCAUCAGCCUCAGCAGCAACCUGAAGCGCACGGCCAGCAACCCCAAGGUGGAGAGCGAGGAGGAGGAAUUCUCCUCGAGUACGGAAAGCCUGGAUAAAUCCCUGGCUCCCCCGGCGCGGCUGGCCCCGGAGCGCGAGUUCAUCAAGUCGCUGAUGGCCAUCGGCCGGCGCCUGGCCACGCUGCCCACCAAGGAGCAGAAGACGCAGCGCCUGAUCUCGGAGCUGUCCCUGCUCAACCACAAGCUGCCCGCGCGCGCCUGGCUGCCCACCGCCGCCUUCCCGCACCACGUGGUGCGCGUGCCCCACUCCCAGGCCGUGGUGCUCAACUCCAAGGACAAGGCUCCCUACCUGAUCUACGUGGAAGUCCUGGAAUGCGACAACUUCGACACGGCGAGCGUCCCGGCGCGCAUCCCGGAGAACCGCAUCCGCAGCACGCGCUCGGCCGAGAACCUUCCGGAAUGCGGGAUGGGCCCGGAGCAGCGCGCCGGCAGCUUCAGCACCGUCCCCAACUACGACAACGACGACGAGGCCUGGUCCGUGGAUGACAUCGUGGAGCUCCAGGUGGAGCUCCCGGAGAUGCACACCAACAGCUGUGACAACAUCUCCCAGUUUUCUGUGGAUUCCAUCACCAGCCAGGAGAGCCGGGAGCCCGUCUUCAUCGCCGCUGGAGACAUCCGGCGGCGGCUGUCGGAGCAGCUGGCCCACACGCCCACGGCGUUCCGCAGGGACCCCGAGGAUCCGUCGGCCGUGGCCCUCAAGGAGCCCUGGCAGGAGAAAGUCAGGAGAAUCCGGGAAGCCUCUCCCUACGGGCACCUGCCCUCCUGGCGCCUCCUCUCCGUCAUCGUCAAGUGCGGCGACGACCUGCGGCAGGAGCUGCUGGCGUUCCAGGUGCUCAAACAGCUCCAGUCCAUCUGGGAGCAGGAGCGCGUGCCGCUGUGGGUGCGGCCCUACAAGAUCCUGGUGGUGUCGGCGGACAGCGGGAUGAUCGAGCCAGUGCUCAGCGCCGUCUCCCUGCACCAGAUCAAGAAGCAGUCGCAGCUGGCGCUGCAGGAUUAUUUCCUGCAGGAGCACGGCAGCGCCAACAGCGAGAGCUUCCUGUCGGCGCAGCGCAACUUCGUCCGCAGCUGCGCCGGCUACUGCCUGGUCUGCUACCUGCUGCAGGUCAAGGACAGGCACAAUGGGAACAUCCUGCUGGACGCCGAGGGCCACAUCAUCCACAUCGACUUUGGCUUCAUCCUGUCCAGCUCUCCCCGGAACCUCGGCUUCGAGACCUCGGCCUUCAAACUCACCUCCGAGUUCGUGGAUGUGAUGGGCGGCCUGGACGGGGACAUGUUCAACUACUACAAGAUGCUGAUGCUGCAGGGGCUGAUUGCGGCCCGCAAGCACAUGGACCGCGUGGUGCAGAUCGUGGAGAUCAUGCAGCAAGGCUCCCAGCUGCCCUGCUUCCACGGCUCCUCCACCAUCCGGCACCUCAAGGAGCGUUUCCACAUGAACCUGACGGAGGAGCAGCUGCAGCUGUUGGUGGAGCAGAUGGUGGACGGUUCCAUGCGCUCCAUCACCACCAAACUCUACGACGGCUUCCAGUACCUCACCAACGGCAUCAUGUGAAAUUCCAGGAGAAGAACAAAAAUCCACAUGGAAAAAAAUUCCCGGAAAAAAAACAAACAAAAAAAUUUCCUUCCCCCCCGCCCCCCGCUGCCAGGAGGAAACGGGAGAAUUCCGAAAUUCCCGUUUUUGUUCCCUCCCCGGAAAGCAACCUCGGGGCUGAGGUUGGGACUCUGCUGGAGAAAUGGGACAGAAUUCCAUGGAAAAGCCGGGAAAAGCGGCGGGAAGAGCGGGAAGGGAAAUCCCGAUGGGAGCGGGGCAGCUCCCCCUUCCCUCUGCUUGGAAUUCCCUGGAAUUUGCCCCCCAGUCCCAUGGAAUGUGUGGGAUGGGAGGGGGGAGGUGUCUCCUGAAGGUUGGGAAUCCCAAAAGCCUGAAAUUCCUGGAAUUCCCGGCCCGGGGGGUCCUUCCCUCUCCUGGGACACGCAGGGAUGGCUGGGGGGGGAUUCCAGGUGAGAUUCCCAGCCGGAAUUCCCAGGCGGGAUUCCGAGUGAAAAUUCCAGGUGGGGAAUUCCCGGUGGGAGUCCCCCUGUUGUCCCUCCCCCUUUCCCAGGGAAUUCCUGCCGGGAAUGUCGGGCUGGAGUGUUGGACACGAGGUGGGGGUGGUUUGGGGGCCUUGUCCCGACCCCAAAUCCCAAAUCGGGGAGGAUCCGGAGCUUCCCAGGGAAGGAAAAUUUCCUGGGAUUUUCCCUCCCCCUUCCCCCGGCCUGGCCUGUGGGGACACGUGGGGUGUCCCCAGUGUCCCCCCCUUGUCCCCAAUGUCCCCACAAUGUCCCCUCGGUGUCCCUCCUUUGUGUCCCCCCAAUGUCCCCUCAGUGUCCCCGCAGUGUCCCCCUGUCCCUGUGCCCCCCCCCCCCGUGUCCCCUCAAUGUCCCCCCUUUUUUUUUUCUUUUUUUCUUUUUUUCCCCCCCAUUUUUAGUGUAAAAAAAAAAAACAACCCAAAUUUGGAUGUUCAACCCCCCGGGGAGGGGGCAGGGGGCUCUGGGGACACCGUGAGGGGACAGAGGGGGGACCCCGACCCUUCCCAAGCCCCUUUUUUGGGGGGCAGGACCAAAAUUUGGGGAUGCAGCCGGAGCCCUCAGCCCCUCCCCCCCUCCCCAUUCCCAUUCCUGGGAGCUUUUCCUGGGAAAAGCAAAAUCCCGGGAGGAGCCGAGGCCGGGCACAGAGGGUGAAACCACUGGAGUUUAAUGGAGUCGAUUCCUACAGAAUAAAGAAUUCCUGAGAGCCUCUCGA